UACCGCUGCCUAGCUGUGCAGACAGCACCCGUCGCUCUUAUGCAGCGCUGCCGCUGCAUAUCUUAAUAAAAUGGCUUUACUAGCGCUGUUCUUUACUGAGCUAGAGAAUUACUCGACUUGUCUGCCACCUCCAACACGUUUUUUUUUUUUUUUUUGCAUUUUAUUUCACGUACAUUUUUAACGUCCCCACAUUUCCAACAGGCUGCCCGUGUUGCCACUCCUCGAUACUGCAGGUUUCCAUUCGCGUCAGUCACUGCCUGGCUUGACGCUAGCCUCGUUUUGGGCCUAUCUCCGUUCUCUCCGGUCAGAAAUGAGUCCGCGGCCUCAAGCUGCCAUUGGAGCGGCGUGUUGUCAUUCAUUCCCCGCCUGCAAAUUAGCACACCGCCUCCGUCAAUUCUUUCUCAACUUGGCUUGACGACCAUAACUGUGCGAGGGAGAGGAAAAGCCUCGGGAACGGAAUAGCAGCAGCAGGAACGAGGAAACGGACAGUUUGACUUUUUAUUAAUUUAGGGUUUUAUUUAGAAAAAAAAAACAAAAAAUCUAGAAAAACGGGAUAGCGAAACGCUGCUUCAUUAUUACCCCGUCUGAUUUUUUUAAACUCUGCUGGUCUGCUGGAGAGGAUAUGCGCCCAGUUUGCGUGUUAUUUGUUUCAGACAAAAGAUAGGAGUUAAAAAAAGAAAGAAAAAGGUCGCAUCCAGUAAGGGCGCUGGUGCCCUAUAGCCUGGACGUCGCCGGUUCGAGUCCAGGCUAUUCCACUGCCGACCGUGGACGGGAGCUCCCAGGGGGCGGCGGACAAUUGGCUGAGGGUGUCCUCAGCUCACAGCGCACCAGCGACUCUUGUUGUCCUGGCCAGGUGCCUGCGAGCUUGCCUGUUUGGUGUUGCAUUCAAUGGAUAAAGUGGGAAAGAUGUGGAACAACCUGAAGAACAGAUGCCAAAACCUGUUCCAUCCCGAAGGUGGGAGCAGAAGCGAGAACAUGGACGUGAACUUCAACCAGUGCUCUUUGGAGGAAGAUGGAGACAUCUGUCUUUCUGAUGCCCCUUCCCAAAGACUGGGAAUCUGCCCUAUGCCCCUGCAAACCUCAGCCCGGAGGAACCCAAACUGCAUCUCGGAGAUCCCUGAGAUUGUGGAGAUCAUGAUAGACAAGGACAGUGAGGAUCUGCGCACCCGGACAGGUAUGCGUCUGGCCCGCAGGGACUCGUACACGCGACACGCCCCUUUGGGGAACAAGAAAAAACACUUCACAAAGACCCAGAGCUUUCUGGAGACAGACAGGCGCUUUAGCAGGACCUGCGCUGGGCAACAGCGACGGGAGCGGAGGUACGGGGUCAGCUCCAUGCACGACAUGGACACUGCCUCCAGUAGGACUCUGAGCAGCCUCUCCCUCCGACAGAGGUUACAAGACACCAUGGGACUCUGCUUCCCCAUUCGAUCUCACUCUCGCUCCACCAAGGCUCUGUUUUCAACUAAACGGAAGAUCCACCUAUCAGAGCUAAUGCUGGAGAAUUGCCCCUUCCCCUCCGGCUCAGACCUGGCCCAGAAGUGGCACCUAAUCAAGCAGCACACGGCUCCCGCCAGCCCCCAGACGACCACCCUGCUGGAUGCUUUUGACCCUGCUGUCACCUCCACCGAGGAUGAGGAGGACCGGCUGCGGGAGAGGAGGAGGAUCAGCAUUGAGGAAGGAGUCGACCCGCCUCCCAAUGCUCAGAUCCACUCCUUCGAGGCCACGGCGCAGGUGAACUCGUUGUACAAGCUGGGACCAAAGCUAGCUCCAGGGAUGAGCGACCUGACCGAGGACAAUAGAGGAGCCGCGGCAGCAGCCGUAGUGGGAGUGCCGACGACGGUAGUCAUAGCUGCAGCUCCGGUACAAAUAGACUGCGACUCGGAGGAGGACACCACGACUCUCUGCCUGCAGUCACGUAGGCCGAAGCAGCGCCACAUGUCCGAAGAUGGCCAUUUUAGCCGCCAGGGCCCAUGGAAAGUCCACACGCAGAUUGACUACAUUCACUGCCUCGUGCCAGACCUCCUGCAGAUCACCAGCAACCCCUGCUACUGGGGUGUGAUGGACCGCUACGAGGCCGAGGCGCUGCUCGAAGGCAAACCCGAAGGCACUUUCCUGCUCAGGGACUCUGCGCAGGAGGACUACCUCUUCUCUGUCAGCUUCCGCCGCUACAACCGCUCCCUGCACGCCCGCAUUGAGCAGUGGAACCACAACUUCAGCUUCGACGCGCACGACCCCUGCGUGUUCCACUCCUCCACAGUGAGCGGGCUGCUCGAGCACUACAAGGACCCCAGCUCCUGCAUGUUUUUUGAACCUCUGCUCACUGUGCCCCUCAACAGAAACUUCCCCUUCAGCCUGCAGUACAUCUGCCGGGCAGCCAUCUCCAGGUGCACCUCCUACGAUGGUAUAGGCAUGCUCCCUUUGCCCUCUGUGCUCCAAAACUUCCUGAAGGAAUAUCACUACAAACAGAAAGUCAGGGUGCGGUGGCUGGAGCAAGAACCAGUCAAGGCUAAAUAAAAAAUAUAUAUAAUAUCAGUAACCGUGUCCAAAAACCCCCAUGCAUACUUAUUUUUAUUUUUUUUUUUUUUUUGAGCGACUUGUUAAAAGACAUCAGAGUAUGGCAAGCACAUGUUCUAGUGUUGCGCUUUAUUGUAAAAACAGCAGUAAUGUUGUUUGUUAAAAAUUUAGCUGAUAAGUAGUUCUCACCUGCAUCGCUACUGCUGCCCGCUCAAUAGCCGAAGUAUAUUGCAAUGCCUGUUUCAAGCUACAAGCAGCAGGCUAACUGUGCAAGCACCUUUUGAAAAGCUUGAGCUCAAUAUGUUUGUAUUUUGAACUCUACAGUUUUUCUGCUCUUUUUGUUUAUCAGUGAGUUUUAAAGCAACUACGGUCCUCUUGUUUAAAACAAGUUAUAUUGGAAGCAUGAUACCUGUUCUAAAAAAGGAUAACCAAGAAUUGUCCAGUUAACCCUUAAGAAGAACACACACGCUUACAAGCGUAGUGUAAAGUACACAGGUUCAUAAUCUUAUGGCUUUAAAACAUUCUUACAGCAUUCCCCCAUCUUGCUUAUGUUUCCUCCGGUGUAUUGCUUGCUCUAUCACUGCAGACUUCUUUUAACGCCACAGCUCCUAAAUCAUUUUGCCUUCUGAGUUACAUCAUGCUUCUAAGUGAAAACUAAACAAAACAAACAAAAAAAAAACAGCUCAAUAGAACUGCAUCUUUUACUUGCACAAAGCAAUACGACUCAGAAGGCAAACCGCAGGUGAUCUUGUCUUAAGACCGUGGUUGACCGUGAAACCCUUUGGAGGCAAUCCCCCAGUUGAUGUUGAGUCUGAACUAUGUGUUUAUUACAUUAACACAUUGCAGUGUAAUCACACUUUGAAAAUUGCACCAUAACUGUACUGUAGGAUGUGUGAUGCCAGCCAACACAGUAGUCCUGUAAGCCAAACUGCCAUUGCUUUCAUAAAGCGAACUGGUGCUGGCGUGCUGUCUCUGCAUCCUCUGCCAUGGUGCUAGUGCUAGUAAGAAGUACCAGGAGAAGGCUGACCAAAGGAAUACCACCAGCUGAUUUAUUGAAUUAAACUUCUGUACAGCAUGCAGUAAAAUAAUCGCGAAUGCACCGCACUGCGGGUGUGUGAGGCCCAAGGCAAAGAGGAGGGUUGUGCAGCCUGGAGAGUGGUACUGCUUUUGUAAAAUCGCUGAGCUGAGUGCAGUAGGGUGGGUUUCUUUACAUGGGCAACAAUUGGUUUGUCUAAACCAGGAAACAAAUAUCCCAAUGAAGCAUUUAGUAUUACAUAAGACAGCUAGCUAGGCCAGCCAUAAAGGGCGUUGUUAUAUACCUAUACAGUCAGCGCUCGGUGAUCCAUUAGCCAGGUACACGUCAGUCACGUUAUACAGCACUUGUAAUAAGAAUAAAAGCAAUCCCCAUUUUAUAUAUAUAGUAAGUGUGUAACAAAUGAAUGCACUUGCCCGUCGCACGCGAUUUCUGACUUCGUCACCUGUUUCUUUUCAAUGUUACAAUUUAUCUGACUAUCCAUCACAGUCUGCAUUGGAACAGACAAGGGUUGGAACAGGCCAAAAUAAAAUAAUGAGGUAUGAGUCACACGUUUAACUGUCACUGAACUGAAAUUUGAGUAGGGUCGGAUACGUGACUGCUGACUGUACCAAGAAAGAAAUACAAUCCUGUGUACUGUAUGAGUCUGUAUGUUACGUGUGUAUAUAUAUGUGUGUGUGUAUACUGUUUAUAUACAGAGUUGAAAUAGAUAUGUUUUACUUUUUUUUUUCUCUCGAAGGAAUACAUUUAAUUUAUAGAAUAAAAAAUAAAACUAUCAUCACCCACUUUAAGUUGGUUUAAAUUGUUGGUUUAUUAAAGUAGAUUAAUAUAAUUUAUUUGCAAUUUGUCACCUUUUUAUUCUUUUUGACAAAGUUUUAU